AUGGGCAAGAAGAAGUUGAAAAAGGACGCAAAGGAUGCCCCGCCAGCACCAGAGCCGGUGGGCGGGCCUGUGGACCCAUCAGUGUUCGCCUCAGUGCUCUCGCUCGACUACCCUCUCCUAGACCCAUCUCUCAUUUUCGCAAUUCUGUUGGACUACGACCCAUCCGAGCUCGGAAGGAAUGAGCAAGCCAUCAGAGAUCAGCUCGGUGUUCUGGAGGCUACGAGCGUGCCAGACAACGACGAUUCUAAUGGACGGGCAGAGACAGACACGCCCACCUACAGCGAGAGCUCGUCGGCUUUGCUGUCGCAGACGCAGACAACCUCCAUCACAGACAACACUGAAACCUUUGACGACGAGGACCCCCAGGACGAGAUCGACUUUCUCAAAGCGUUCUUUCCUAACCUGUGGGAGGCGCUCACGUCGGAACCCACGCUAGAGGCCGCUAUCGACCACCUGCUGUCUGUCGAACUAAUUAACAAUGUGGGCAAGAUGGGACACUGGCCCGACGAGCCAUCAAGCGAGAGCGACGGAGGCGCCUUUCGCCCUGCACUUUCUCGUCGGAGCAGCCGAUCGCCAAACAAGAAGGCCGCAGUCCUUCCCCCGACGGGCAAGAAGAAGAAGAAGCCGACGGUCACGAUACCCGUUGUCGACACAAUGCAACGACGCUCUGCCAGCGGCCGUUCAACGCCUGUGACGCCCGCGAACUCUGCCGGUGUUAUUCCCGCGACGUCAACGGAUGUGUGGACGGCGUAUGCGUCGCUCACCGAGACCCUGGCGGAAAUUGUGCCUCGCGCGACACCGGGCUACUUCAAGUCCUACCUGCACUCGGGCGACUACGACUCGGCACAUGAGGCGACUCUCGCCGCGCUUAACGCGCUUGCGGCAUCGAAUGCGCGCCUCGGGGAAGAUCUCGCCGAUGAAGCAUGGCAGAUCUUUGAGGACGUGUAUGGUGUCAGCCGAGAUGACGGUAACAACGACAUUUCGGACGCCCUGCACGCUUGCAUCGGGGCAGCGGAGGGCGACGUCAUGUCAGUCAUGGACUUGAUGAACGUCGUGCACGAUUUGCGCUUCUGGCCAGACUACGAGGCGCGCCGGGAAGCCGAGCAAGAUCCGUUCGCGACGCUCUCCGCGCUCGAACGCCAGCUGCCCAAGUCUGCUGGCACAACUUCACCACCGAAGACAACACGUGUGCUGAACGGGAACAGGCUUACGAGACCUGUUUCAGAACCGCCUCAACAGCGCACAAAGCAGUCUGAACAGCGUGUCGGCAACGGCAACAUCCGGGAAGCCAAGGUGCGCGCGGUGCCGGGAUCGAAGGCGCCGGCAGGCAGCGCCAGUACGAGCACGAGCACAAGCGUGUCCGGCGCCAGCACACCCGUGCGUACAUCGCCGUCGCGAGCGCGCAACAUGCCGGCGACGUACACGCAGGGCUUUGCGCCGUCACCUGUCGCAUGGACCACGGUCAACUCAAAGAAGCCGAAGCGCGGCCCGCACCCGCUCUCGGCCAACAUCCCGGCGUACGCUAGAGGCGCGCCUGCACCGAGUCUGGCUGCAAAGGACCCAGAAGCGCUCACGCCCGCCGAGUGCUACGCGCGUGGAGCGGCGGCUCGUCGAGCGCGCGAGGACGCUAUGCGCGCUGCCGGUCGUCACUUCCGUUCAGGACAGAAGCAUAUCCAGGCGAGCGUCGCGGGACAUUACGCGGCGCAGGCACGCGAAGCGGCCACAGCAGCGAGGGAGUGGGAGCUCCGCGGGGCGCGCCUCCUAGUCGACGAGCAGCUCGAGAGUCGCCCUGCCACGAUCGACUUGCACUACAUGUCUGUCGAGCAGGCAGUCACUAUAGCGAAGGAGACAGCCUCGCGUCAUCACUCGGGCGGCGACGGAGGUACCCUCAUCAUCAUUACGGGCAAGGGAAUCCACAGCGCCGGAAACCGCGGCGUCCUCGGUCCCGCGGUUCAGCGCGCGUUGACAGCCGAGGGAUACCGCGUCACCAGACAGGAGGGAUACCUCGCUAAGGACGAUGACGAGAUGCAGCCGUUCUCGUUCAAGAUGCCCGAGUCGUUUCAGUGUUAUGCCGCCGAGUGCGCCGGCAUCUUCGUCAUGAUCACGAUUGGUCUUAUCACGAAUAUGCUCCUUCUGCCCCGCUCCAAACUCCCGUCAACCACGGUAGCUGACAACAGCCAAUCCACCCUCACCGGCGACCCAGAGAACCCAACAAAGUCCAACGACGUAGCAUACGCCUUUGGUUGGGGCGUGGGUCUCUUCGCGGGACUGCUCAUCACAAUCCCGACGAGUGGAGGGCAUAUCAACCCCGCCAUCACGCUCAUGCUCGCGUCCUACCGCGGCUUCCCCUGGAAGAAAGUGCCGGGAUACUGGGCCGCGCAAGUCGUGGGCGCCUUCGCUGCGGCCGCGAUGGUGCAGGGACUGUACUACCAGCUGCUGGACCAGUACGAGGGCGGGCGCGGGCUGCGGACGAUGAAGACGGCGACGCUGUUCAUCGACGUCGCGCCAAAGUGGGAGAGCAACAUUGACGCCUUCUUCCAGGAAGUCACGGGCGCCGCACUCCUCCUCCUCGGCGUUGCGAUCGCGACCUCCCCGCCAAACGCACACUGGACGACCUGGUCCAAGGCGCUGAUCAUGCUCUGGUUCUUCGUCGGCGUAUCGGGCUGCAUGGGCCUGCAUCCCGGCUACGCGCUGAAUCCGGCGCGCGACUUUGGCGUCAGGCUGAGCUGCUGGGCAAUGGGAUACGGAAAGCACCUCUGGACACAGCGCAACUGGUACUGGAUCUGGGGAUGUCUCAUUGCCCCCGUUACUGGUGGGCAGCUCACGACGUUCCUCCACGAUUGGAUCGUGGUGGGAAGAGUCCAGUUCACGGUGCCGAUCUUGACGAGGCUUAUCCGUGGAAGAAAGCGCAAGACCAGGUAG